AUGGCAUCGACCACAAUGUCUAAGAAGGCCAAGGGGAAGAAGAUGGCCGAUCCGAACGAAACCUCCAAGCUUCUAGCGGCCAAGAUUUCUCAAUUGGAGCAAGAUGCGGCUGGAGAAAAGGACCAAGAAGCUGAAAUUGAACGCGAAGUCAAGAAGGCUACGAGAGACUUGAACCAACUUUUGAACAAUAUCGAAUCACCGAUGACCCGACUCGAGACCGUCCACAAGAAAUACACCGAGUUGCUAGCGGACAUGAAGAAGCUGGAUCGGGAUCACUCCAAAAGCAAAAAACGUGCGGAUCAGUUACAAAAGGACCAGGACAAGGGCAAAUCCGAAUUGAAUAAGACGCUUACCAUGAAAGAUAAAUUGGAGAAGCUAUGUCGUGAACUCACUAAGGAAAAUAAAAAAGUCAAAGACGACAACAAAAAGCUUGAAGAGAAUGAAAGAAGAGCCCGCAUGGUCGUCAAUGAACGUUUGAGUUCCCUGCUUUAUGAUAUCCAGGAUGUCAUGGCUUCGAAAGAGACGCGAAAGUACGAAAAGAUGAAUAUUGAAUUAGACGAAGCGCUGCGUUCGAAGAUAAAGACAAUUGCGGAAAAGUUUGAACUGCGUGAAUUUCACUUCAAAGGCCUGUUACGAAGCAAGGACGCGGAAAUCCAAAGUAUUACUGCAAAAUUCGAAGAACAGAAGCGCGCGGCAGAGAGCGAGGAGAAAAAGAGCGGUGCUCUCAGUGUCCAGGUGUCCACAUUCAACCAAACGGAGACUGAGCUUCGCAGCCAGCUCAAUAUUUAUGUCGAAAAAUUCAAACAGGUUGAGGAUACUUUGAACAACAGUAACGAGUUAUUUCUCACUUUCCGGAAGGAGAUGGAAGAAAUGUCGAAAAAGACCAAGCGCCUUGAAAAGGAAAAUCUCACACUGACUCGCAAGCACGACCAAACCAAUCGCAAUAUACUAGAAAUGGCAGAAGAGCGGAACAGGAACCAACAAGAGCUAGAAAGAUACCAGAAGAAAUGUCGACAUCUCGAGGAACUUUGUCGUCGCAUGCAAGAACAAGGAAGAGGGCAUGGUGUAACCGGAAGCGACCACCAUCAUCACCACCAUCAUCACCACCACCACAUCGGCGAACACGGUCUACCGGGUGAGCUCGAAGGAGACGAAGAGGGCACACAAAGCGAAUACGACGAUGACGAUGAGGAUUACGAGGACGAUGAAGACGACGACGGCGUGAUCAGCGACGAGGAAGAGUACGAAACCAUACGCGAGCGCUUCUCGGAACAAGUCAUUGAAAAGCCGGUAUUCGGACCACCUCCACCUCCUGCGUUAGCUGAAGCUCGAACAAAUGGUAAUAACAAAGCGGUCUUGAAUGGUUAUACUAUCUAG